UAGUUUAUUCCAAAGGGUUAAAUCUUCCGGACGGCACUGUCGGUAAUGCACCCCUCAUCCCUCAUCCCGCAGAGCAGCGUGAGUGUUCACGCCGACGACCCCCACCGCCGACGAUCCUCACUCCACCGCUGCCGACCUCGAGAUAGCCGAGGAACAGCCGCCGUUCCGAAGCAAACGACGCCGCACUCUACGAUCGGUCGUUCGUGGAAUCGGAGUGCUCGUUCGUCCGUUCUCAUCUGGUCUGGUCGACGUGCAUUUGUGUCUCUGCGAAUUCACAUACGACAGCGUCGGUGAAAAUCAGUGCACUCGGAAGAGUCACAAUAAGGAUGUGGCGAGAUCCUCCAGGCGGAGGGUAUAAGAAACCCAUCCACGUCGCCGCUAUGUUACUGCUAGCUGUUUUCCUGACAUUGACAACGGUUAUCUCUGCCGAAGAUGCAUCUAUGGGACCGGUGUUUGUCAAGGAACCUCCAAAUCGAAUUGAUUUCUCAAAUGGAACUGGAGCCGUCGUUGAAUGUCAAGCAAGAGGAAACCCACAACCAGAUAUCAUCUGGGUCCGUUCCGAUGGAAAUACUGCUGUAGGAGACGUUCCUGGAUUGAGACAGGUUAUGCCGAACGGAAAUUUGGUAUUCCCUCCUUUCCGUGCUGAAGAUUAUCGUCAAGAAGUUCACGCUCAGGUCUACACCUGUUUAGCACGUUCCCCUGCAGGUUCGGUACACAGCCGUGAUGUCAACGUGAGAGCUGUGGUUUCGCAGUUCUACGUUACCGAAGCCGAGAACGAAUACGUGAUCCGAGCUAACAGCGCGAUCAUGAAAUGCAAAAUACCGAGCUUCGUGUCCGAGUUCGUCCAGGUGGAUCAGUGGAUGGCCGACGACGGGACGAUUUACACGUCCGGUCAGGAAUACGAUGGAAAAUACUUGGUACUGCCAUCCGGAGAGCUGCACAUCAGGGACGUUGGACCCGAAGACGGAUAUAAGACUUACCAAUGCCGCACGAAACAUAGACUCACUGGCGAAACUAGGCUAUCCGCAACGAAGGGUCGUCUCGUCAUUACUGAACCUGUAAACGGUGCGAAGCCUCGAGUCGCUUCCACAUCUAAAUAUGAUGUUCUCGCGAAUGUCGUCGGAGUAGCUGUAACAAUGUUGUGCCCCGCGCAGGGACACCCUCUUCCAGCUUAUAGAUGGUACAAGUUCAUCGAGGGCACAUCGAGGCGUCAGCCGGUUCAACUAAAUGAGCGCGUACGUCAGGUCAGCGGAACUCUGAUCAUCCGUGAAGCCCGAGUCGAAGAUUCCGGUAAAUAUCUUUGCAUCGUCAACAAUUCCGUCGGCGGCGAAAGUGUGGAGACCGUUUUGACUGUUACGGCACCGCUGAUCGCGGAAAUCGAACCUAGCACGCAGACCAUCGACUUUGGAAGACCAGCGACCUUCACUUGUACCGUACAAGGCAACCCGAUCAAGACCAUCUCCUGGCUCAAAGAUGGAAAGCCCCUUGGAUUGGAAGAUCGCGUGCUGAGAAUCGAGAGUGUGAAAAAAGAGGACAAGGGAAUGUACCAAUGUUUCGUUAGAAAUGAUCAGGAAAGUGCGCAAGCAACGGCAGAAUUAAAACUUGGUGGCAGAUUCGAGCCCCCGCAGAUCCGUCAAGCCUUCGCCGAAGAGACUCUUCAACCCGGACCGAGUAUGUUUUUGAAGUGCGUUGCCAGCGGAAAUCCUACCCCCGAAAUUACCUGGGAACUUGAUGGAAAACGGUUGUCGAACACCGAGAGACUGCAAGUGGGACAAUACGUCACGGUCAAUGGCGAUGUCGUGUCGCAUCUGAAUAUUUCGAGCAUUCAUACCAAUGAUGGUGGUCUCUACAAGUGCAUCGCUGCGUCAAAGGUUGGAGCUGCUGAGCAUUCUGCCCGUCUCAACGUUUAUGGUUUGCCGUUUAUUCGUCACAUGGACAAGAAGGCCAUCGUUGCUGGAGAAACUUUGCGUGUCACUUGUCCUGUUGCUGGAUACCCGAUCGAAAGUAUCGUUUGGGAACGAGAUACCAGGGUCCUGCCAAUCAACAGAAAGCAAAAGGUCUUCCUUAAUGGCACACUCAUCAUCGAGAAUGUUGAACGAAUGAGCGACCAGGCAACCUAUACUUGCGUGGCACGUAAUGCACAAGGUUACAGCGCACGUGGAACAUUGGAGGUUCAAGUUAUGGUUGCACCGCAAAUUGCACCGUUCGAUAUCGCCGAGGAACCAGCCAACUGGGGCGAUUCCAUUUCCGUGGUGUGCGCCAUUCUUAAGGGCGAUUUACCGAUCGAGAUCACGUGGGCUUUGAACGGCGAGCCGAUUCGGCCAGAUCGUUCGGACAUUAAUAUCUUGGCGACAACUCGGAAGAAUAGCAUCCUCAGCAUCGAGUCCGUGGCUGCGAGACACGCAGGAGAAUACACGUGCUCGGCGUCGAAUAAAGCCGGAGCAACCAGUUAUUCAGCGAUUUUAACUGUGAAUGUACCUCCUCGUUGGAUUCUGGAACCUACCGAUAAAGCAUUUGCUCAAGGAUCCGAUGCACGAGUAGAAUGCAAAGCCGACGGAUUCCCCAAGCCUCAAGUCACAUGGAAGAGAGCUGCUGGGGAUACGCCGGGAGAUUAUACGGAUUUGAAAUUGAGCAAUCCUGACAUUAGCGUGGAAGAUGGCACUCUCUCUAUUAACAAUAUACAAAAGACGAAUGAAGGCUAUUACCUUUGUGAGGCUGUUAAUGGAAUUGGAUCAGGCUUAUCAGCUGUCAUUCUUAUUUCGGUUCAAGCUCCUCCGCAAUUUGAAAUUAAACUAAGAAAUCAAACCGCUCGUCGUGGAGAACCGGCUGUAUUGCAAUGCGAGGCGCAAGGAGAGAAACCAAUCGGCAUUUUAUGGAACAUGAACAACAAGAGAUUAGAUACGAAGAGUGAUCCUCGUUAUACUAUUCGUGAAGAAAUCUUGGCUAAUGGAGUACUGUCUGACUUGAGCAUCAAACGAACCGAAAGGAGCGAUUCUGCCUUGUUUACUUGCGUAGCCACGAAUGCCUUCGGUAGUGAUGAUACUAGCAUUAAUAUGAUCGUACAAGAGGUGCCAGAAAUUCCAUAUGGUCUUAAAGUGUUGGAUAAAUCAGGACGUUCGGUGCAAUUAUCAUGGGCCGCACCUUAUGAUGGAAACAGCCCGAUUAAACGAUAUGUUAUUGAAUACAAAAUCAGCAAGGGUUCCUGGGAAACUGAUAUUGAUCGAGUGCUCGUACCUGGCUCACAACAGAACGUAGCCGGAGUGUAUAAUCUAAGACCCGCGACCACCUACCAUCUUCGAAUCGUCGCUGAAAACGAAAUUGGCACAUCUGAUCCAUCUGACACGGUCACCAUUAUCACUGCAGAAGAAGCACCUACUGGCCCGCCAACUUCCAUUAAAGUGGAUGCUCUCGAUCAGCAUACGCUCAAGGUAACGUGGAAACCGCCUCCGCGUGAGGACUGGAACGGUGAGAUUCUCGGCUACUAUGUUGGAUACAGACAGUCGUCGGACAAGCCGUACAUGUUUGAGACUGUCGACUUCUCCAAGGAAGACAUAAAGGAGCACCACUUGCAGAUCGCAAACCUCAAGACUUACACUCAGUACGGUGUGGUUGUUCAAGCAUUUAACAAAGUCGGCUCCGGACCAAUGAGCGAGGAACGUAGGCAACAUACCGCAGAAGGCGUGCCCGAACAACCACCUCAUGAUACUACUUGCACAACUCUUACUUCUCAGACUAUCAGAGUGUCCUGGGUAUCACCGCCACUCAGCGCGGCCAACGGCGUUAUCACCGGUUACAAAGUCAUCUAUGGACCGUCCGAUACGUGGUACGACGAGAAUACGAAAGACACCAAGAUUACAUCUUCUAGCGAGACCAUCCUGCACGGUCUUAAGAAAUACACCAACUAUAGCAUGCAAGUUCUGGCUUUCACAUCUGGAGGAGACGGCGUUAAGUCUGCACCAAUUCACUGCCAAACUGAACAAGACGCACCCGAAGCUCCUAUUGCUAUCAAAGCUUUAGUCAUGUCUUCGGAAUCCAUUCUUAUCUCAUGGCGUCCGCCCAGCCAACCUAAUGGAGUUAUUUCUCAGUAUACUGUUUACACGAAAGCGGACAAUACAGAGGAGCCAACUAGUCAGAAAGUGCCACCAAAUCAAUUAACUCACGAAGCGUCUGGAUUAGACAAGCAACAAAGAUAUGAAUUUUGGGUGACCGCUAGCACGAAUAUUGGUGAAGGUGAAGCUUCCAAGAUUGUGACUUUGGGACCAAGUGUUCGAGUACCAGCCAAGAUCGCAUCGUUCGAUGAUAAAUUCACUGCAACAUACAAAGAGGACGUUAAGCUGCCGUGUCUCACUGUCGGUGUACCCGCACCGGAAGUAACAUGGAAAGUACGAGGCGCUAAUCUUCAAACAACCGAACGAUUGAAACAAUUACCCGAGGGAUCGCUAUUCAUCAAGGAAGUCGAUCGCGCGGACGCUGGAGAAUAUUCUUGUUAUGUGGAAAACUCCUUUGGACAUGAUACCGUGACUCAUCAACUGGUCGUUCACGCUCCUCCGCACUCACCGCAAGUUACUCUUACCGCCACCACUACCAAUUCUUUGACGAUGAAAUUACGCCCGCAUCCCACGGACAAUGCACCGAUUCAUGGCUAUACGAUUCACUACAAACCUGAGUUUGGCGAUUGGGAAACUGUUCAGAUCAGCUCCACAGCACAGAAAUAUACACUCGAGAAUCUGUGGUGCGGUUCCCGAUAUCAGAUUUAUGUCACCGCUUAUAACGGAAUUGGAAUCGGCGAUCCUUCGGACAUUCUAAACACGCGCACAAAGGGCUCCAAACCAAUCAUCCCUGAAGCGUCGAAAUUCAUCGAGGUAUCCACGAACAGCAUCUCUUUACACUUGAGCACCUGGUCAGAUGGUGGCUGCCCCAUGUUGUACUUCGUUGUUGAACACAAGAAGAAGAGAUAAAAGGAUAAUCAUACGACGAACAUCCAAUCCAAUAUCAAGAUCGAUAAUUAAAGACACAUGUUUUCUUCAGAAUGUAACUUUGUAGUAUUGGAUUUGGACCCCGCUAGCUGGUACCAUUUGCGUGUUACGGCUCACAAUAAUGCUGGUUUCGCCGUGGCCGAAUAUGAAUUUGCGACUUUGACGGUGACUGGCGGUACUAUCGCACCUCCCAUUCGUAAUGGCGGUAAUGACAACACUGCGGAUGUGAGACGGUAUUUUCCAUGGUUACCCAGCUGGCUCGAUGUAAACGUGGUGGUGCCAGUUGGCGCGACGGUCGUUGUUAUAAUAGUAGGAAUAGUUGUCAUUUGCGUGGCGCUCUCGAGAAGAACUCGAGGCCCGGAACAAACACGGCUGCGAGGUAUCUCUUCAGCCGACGAGAAAUAUUACGAGGGACAAUACGACGUAGUCUAUCAGCAAACCGGAGUUGGCGGCGCUACCUUGGACAAACGCAGAUCUGAUCUUCGUGAUGAAUUGGGAUACAUCGCACCCCCGAAUCGCAAGCUUCCACCUGUACCCGGCUCAAAUUAUAACACCUGCGAUCGUAUCAAGCGAGGUGGAACUGGCUCAUUAAGGAGUCACUCGACGUGGGAUCCAAGGCGACACAUGUAUGAGGAAUUGAGUCACUACGCGCCCAACAGGAGAUGCCCACCACCACCACCACGUAUGGGCAGCGCGGAUGGUCUUUCGCACAGAGGUAUGGAAGAUGAGAUCUGCCCAUAUGCUACGUUCCAUUUAUUGGGAUUCCGCGAGGAAAUGGACCCGAGCAAAGCUAUGCAAUUCCAGACCUUCCCUCAUCCAGGAAAUGGCCAUUCUGGCACUAUGGGACCACCCGUAGGACAUCCGACUAACGCUUCUGCUCAUAGCCGCUCUGGAUCUCAGUCUAUGCCUCGUCAAAACGGUCGCUACUCUCGAGUACCAUCCCAAGGAGGCGGCAGCGGCACGCACAAUGUCUUUUCACCCGAAUAUGACGAUCCGGCUAACUGCGCUCCCGAGGAAGACCAGUACGGAUCACAAUACGGACAAUACGGCGCACCUUACGAUCAUUACGGAUCUCGCGGAUCGGUCGGACGUCGUAGUGUAGGCUCGGCUCGCAACCUUCCCAUCUCUGGCUCGCCGGAACCGCCUCCACCACCACCGAGAAACCACCAGGAUCAGAAUAACUCCAGCUUCAACGAUAGCAAGGAGAGCAACGAGAUUAGCGAGGCCGAGUGUGAUCGCGAUCAGCUUGUCAACCGCAACUACGGCGUGAAUGCUCGCGGCAAGGACGGCAUGACCACCGAGGAGAUGCGUAAACUCAUUGAGAGGAAGCCAAACGAAGCUCCCGGCCGGCAAACCGGCGGCCCCCACGGCGGUCACGGGGGACUCCUCACACCCUACGAUACUGUGGCAGUGUAACCUGUAAAUCGUCAUCUUCCGUGAUCUUCCGCCUCUCUCGAUAGCCGGCGGCCGCGAGGAAAGGAGCCGAGAGACGCGGAAAUGAAGCGCACGCUAACUCUUCCCCCGGUGCUGUCGUCGGUC